CAGGUCGGGCAGCCCCCCGCCUGAAGCUUCUGGAGGCAAGGCCCCUGUGUCCCUCGGCAUGCCCCAUCCCGCGGCGGGGUGCGCGGCCCUCGGCCCUCGGAAGAAGCUGGGCGGCCCCGGGCGGCCCCGGGGCCGAGCGGCCGCGUCGGUGCAGCGGUUGUGAGCAAGAUGCGGGAGCACGUGACCCUGGGACGCAGACCCUGAUGCCGGUUCCCCGCCACCCGAGCGCUCCCUUCUCUGACACUUGGCCCCACGCAGAUGCAUCACAGGAUGAAUGAAAUGAACCUGAGCCCAGUGGGGAUGGAGCAGCUGACUUCAUCCUCUGUGAGCAAUGCCUUGCCAGUCUCAGGAAGCCACCUGGGCUUGGCUGCAUCACCCACUCACAGUGCCAUCCCUGCCCCAGGCUUGCCAGUGGCAAUUCCAAACCUGGGUCCCUCCCUGAGCUCUCUGCCUUCUGCUUUGUCUCUGAUGCUUCCAAUGGGUAUUGGAGAUCGAGGGGUGAUGUGUGGAUUACCUGAAAGAAACUACACCCUUCCUCCCCCACCUUACCCUCACCUAGAGAGCAGUUACUUCAGAACCAUUCUACCUGGCAUUUUAUCUUAUUUAGCUGACAGGCCACCUCCUCAGUACAUCCACCCUAACUCUAUAAAUGUUGAUGGAAAUACAGCAUUAUCUAUUGCCAAUAACCCUUCAGCACUAGAUCCCUAUCAGUCCAAUGGAAAUGUUGGGUUAGAAACAGGCAUUGUUUCACUAGACUCUCGCUCUGUGAAUGCACAUGGUGCCCAAAGUCUUCAUCCCAGUGAUGGCCAUGAGGUGGCCUUGGACACAACAAUCACUAUGGAGAAUGUUUCUAGGGUUACCAGCCCAAUCUCUACAGAUGGAAUGGCAGAGGAGCUUACAAUGGAUGGCGUUGCAGGCGAGCAUUCCCAAAUCCCCAACGGCUCCAGAAGUCAUGAAUCUCUGUCUGUGGAUUCUGUGAGCAACAACUUGGCAGCAGACACUGUAGGACAUGGUGGUGUGAUACCCAUUCAUGGGAACGGCCUGGAGCUUCCUGUGGUCAUGGAGACAGACCACAUUGCAAGUCGGGUUAACGGGAUGUCUGACAGUGCUCUCAGUGACUCCAUCCACACUGUGGCCAUGAGCACCAACUCCGUAAGCGUGGCACUUUCUACCUCACACAGUCUUGCCUCCCUAGAAUCUGUUUCCCUCCAUGAAGUUGGCCUCAGCCUAGAACCUGUGGCUGUCUCCUCCAUCACCCAGGAGGUUGCUAUGGGAACAGGUCAUGUAGAUGUAUCUUCAGACAGCCUUUCUUUUGUACCACCUUCACUGCAAAUGGAAGACUCCAAUUCCAACAAGGAAAACAUGGCAACCUUGUUUACAAUUUGGUGCACUCUCUGUGACCGAGCCUAUCCCUCAGACUGCCCAGAUCAUGGACCAGUGACUUUUGUUCCUGACACUCCAAUAGAGAGCAGAGCAAGGCUUUCUCUCCCAAAGCAGCUUGUUCUCCGGCAGUCAAUUGUGGGAGCAGAAAUUGGUGUAUGGACUGGAGAAACUAUUCCCGUGCGGACUUGCUUUGGGCCUCUAAUUGGCCAGCAGAGUCACUCUAUGGAAGUAGCAGAAUGGACAGACAAGGCAGUUAACCAUAUCUGGAAGAUAUACCACAAUGGUGUCCUCGAAUUCUGUAUCAUUACAGCUGACGAAAAUGAAUGUAAUUGGAUGAUGUUUGUGCGCAAAGCCAGGAACCGGGAAGAGCAGAAUUUGGUGGCUUAUCCUCAUGAUGGAAAAAUAUUUUUCUGCACCUCUCAAGAUAUCCCUCCUGAAAAUGAACUACUUUUUUAUUAUAGUCGGGAUUAUGCUCAACAGAUUGGUGUUCCUGAACACCCAGAUGUGCACCUCUGUAACUGUGGCAAGGAGUGCAGUUCUUAUACAGAGUUCAAAGCCCAUUUGACCAGCCACAUCCAUAAUCAUCUUCCAAGCCAAGGUCACAGCAGCAGCCAUGGGCCAAGCCACAACAAAGAAAGAAAGUGGAAGUGCUCGAUGUGCCCCCAAGCUUUUAUCUCUCCUUCCAAACUUCAUGUUCACUUUAUGGGUCACAUGGGUAUGAAGCCCCACAAGUGUGAUUUCUGUAGCAAGGCUUUUAGUGACCCCAGCAACCUGCGGACCCACCUCAAGAUACAUACUGGUCAGAAGAACUACAGGUGUACGUUGUGUGACAAGUCAUUUACCCAAAAGGCUCAUCUGGAGUCCCACAUGGUUAUCCACACCGGUGAGAAGAAUCUCAAGUGUGAUUACUGUGACAAGUUAUUUAUGCGGAGGCAGGACCUCAAGCAGCAUGUGCUCAUCCACACACAAGAACGCCAGAUCAAGUGUCCCAAGUGUGAUAAGCUGUUCUUGAGAACUAAUCACUUAAAGAAGCAUCUCAAUUCUCAUGAAGGAAAACGAGAUUAUGUCUGUGAAAAAUGUACAAAGGCUUAUCUGACCAAAUAUCAUCUCACACGCCACCUAAAAACCUGCAAAGGGCCCACCUCCAGUUCAUCAGCACAAGAGGAGGAAGAAGAGGAUGACUCAGAGGAAGAAGAUCUAGCAGACUCUGUGGGGACAGAAGACUGUAGGAUUAACAGUGCUGUAUAUUCGGUGGAUGAGUCUCUCUCUGCACAUAAAUAAAAGCAA